AUAGUUAGGGGUUUGGGCUCGGCUGUUUUUAAAAAGGCAAGGCAGCUCUCAAGUUGAUCAGUCUGCUCAGGAAACCUCUGUUGGAGAAAGUACUGGAGUCCAAAAUUGAAGGGGGAGAGGAGUUGAGAUUUUGUGCAGAGAAUUGCCUUGCUCCUGCAGAGGACAUCUCGGGAAAAUAGCACACAUAUUUUAAAUUGGUCAUUUUAAGAACUUUUUCACAGUGCACGGCGAAAAGCCUGCAAUUAAUGUUUUUUUUUUUUUUAAAUAGAUAGCAACACUCUUGGAUAAAGACUCUUGGCUUUAGCUUUAAAAAUCGGAUUAUCUGACUGAGGCAUUGUGUUCAUUAGACCAGUCCACUUUUUCCCCUCCUCUUCGCAUUUGAGGUUUUAUGCUAUAACUGAAGAGAACACCAACGAUGUUUCUGAGUUUUUGCCUCUUGGUGACAUUUAUCUUGGGGCUGUCCGGGUGCUUGGGCUCAUACGUGCCGUGCGAGCCUUGUGACCAGAAGGCGCUGUCCAUGUGCCCUCCGGUCCCGGUCGGCUGCCAGCUGGUCAAGGAGCCGGGCUGCGGCUGCUGCCUAACAUGCGCCCUGUCUGAGGGACAGGCGUGCGGCGUUUACACCGGGACGUGCACCCAGGGCCUCCGCUGUUUGCCGAGGAGCGGGGAGGAGAAACCCCUGCACGCCCUUCUCCACGGCAGGGGAGUGUGCACCAACGAGAAAGGAUACAAACCUGUCCACCCGCCUAUAGAUCGUGAGUCUCGAGAACAUGAGGACACACUGACCACAGAGAUUACAGAGGAGCUGCAGCCAGCUAAAGUGCCACUCCUUCCCAAAGACAUUGUGAACAGUAAAAAAGUUCACGCGCUGCGCAAGGAGCAAAAGAGGAAGCUCGGCAAGCAGCGCUCCAUGGGAUCCCCUAUGGACUACUCACCUCUGCCCAUUGACAAGCACGAGCCUGAAUUUGGUCCUUGCAGGAGAAAACUGGAUGGUAUAAUUCAGGGUAUGAAGGACACUUCUCGUGUAAUGGCUCUGUCUUUGUACCUUCCCAACUGUGACAGAAAAGGAUUCUUCAAACGCAAGCAGUGCAAGCCAUCUCGCGGUCGCAAACGAGGCAUCUGCUGGUGUGUGGACAAGUAUGGCGUUCAGCUCCCGGGGACAGAUUACAGUGGAGGGGACAUUCAGUGUAAAGACCUGGAGAGCAGCAACAACGAGUGAAAAGGGGAGGACCGCCCUCUACCCCCACCCCCCGCCCCCCUAACCACCACGUGACCCAGGGCCCACACCUCCUCUCUGAAUCACACCUGUAUGCGCCGCUCUCACUACAAGAUUUUUGUUUUUUCAAAUUGAAAAAAAAAAGGAAGAAAAAAAUCCAAACGAAAGAACAGGCUGAAAAAAAGACACCUGUAUUUUUUUCUUUUCUUUUCUGUUGUUGACCAAGCACUCAUCUCCGAAUGAGGGGAAAAGUCCCAGAAGAUUUACUAGAUCCCUUGACUAUUGCUCAUGGGACCCCUUGUGUGAGCCGGGUCCCCUGGCUGCAGAUCCAUGAAAAUAUAUGCACACAAUGGAUAUAUUUUUAUAGAAACUGGGGGUUUCAAUACAACACUUUGUAUGAUGUAAAAUUAACAUAAAAUAAUUGUGAAGAAAAAAGCAUAAGGCACAUUGAUUGAAAACAGUUAUAUUUUAGGCUGUUGAAUCAGAUGCCACUGUGGAACUGACGAUUGGCAGAGUAAUUUUUUUUUUUUGUCUGUUUUCCAAACAAAAAAAAAAAGAAAUGAGAGAUAGGGAUAUGCUGUAACAGUUGACUCUAUCUGGGUAUGUGGUUCUGUCAGAGCACUUAUAAAUAGGGGAACCUGCUAAGAUAUGUGUAACUUCACAAAAUAAUGUGUGCAUGAAUGAGUGUAUGUGUACAGUGCGAAUGCGUGGUAUCAGCCUGUGUUGGUGUACGAUGGAGUGAGCCUAUUACAAAAAGAAUGUCCUUUUUUUCUUUCUCUUUUGUUUGAUUUUGUCACAACAAGUAUUGCUAGCGCUUGAGGUGGUCUUGGGGCUGGCCUUCUCUAAAAUGUAAAGUAUGUCUCGGGACACGGAGCGUUCAGAAACAAAAGAGUAAGCAGAUCGUUACAGAUGAACCUAUGUAAGUGGCUCUUUGACAAUGUAGCUAGCCUGAUAUGCCAACUGUGCCUAUUUGAACAGACACUGCCAUGCAGGGCGACACAGAGCUUAGAGAGCGCUGACUCUAUACUGGUGAAAUAAAGAUUACAGUUUUCAGCUUAAGUGAUGGGACUCACUUCUGACUUUGAUCUUUUGAGUUGAGUGCAUAAUCAAACUUGCCAAGUCAGGCCGGUUGCUUCUCUGAUUCAGUUGUGUGAAGUGUAGUUUUGUAUGGUUUUGUUUGUGCUGUUUUCUUUGCCUUCAGUGAAGUAAAGACCGCCCACUUUUGAGCCAUGUUCCUUUAUCAAAUGGUUUCCCCUCAGUACUGCUACUACAGUGUAACCAUGGUGUAUUACUUUUAAAUAUAGUAAUUGAAUGUUGUUUUUCCUGUAGAAACAAAGUAUGACAACAAUUUAAUUGUGCUUGGAAAAAAAAAAAAAGAUUUUAGCCUGUAAACGAUUUCAAUAGGUCCUCCAUGUAGCUUGUCUGGAGAAGGACCCAGAGUCAUUUGACUCUAUGGCAGUCAAAGAAGCUAACUCUCUGGAAACCUUCUGCCGACACGCCUCCAUGCAAAGUUUAUCUGCUUACGUACAAUUAAGGGGAUCAUGAUCAAAACAAAAAGGUUACAGGUUAUAACAGGGUCAUUUAAGUAGAGUUGUUCUCUCUCUGUGUGCAAGUCACAGUGCCUUCCUACAUGCAAAUACAUUUUAAUAGUGACGUGAAAGUGACGCAGGGCAGUUUCCUUUUUCAGACAGCCCCUCACUGGGACUGACACGUGUUAUGACGAUAAAAAAGGUCUAGGUUUAGUUCUGAUAAGGAGAAGAACAAUGAAUGUGGUAGGUCCUUUGAAUGGUUUCGGCAACACAUUGCGAAUCCAUUUGUGAUCUCCACCUGUACCUCGGGGGCAAUUCUGAUCAAGAAUGAUUUGUGAGGAACUGUUGUGUAACUGCACUCAGUUAAACCUCCCUCUUCUCUUUCUUUGACAACCAAUAAGCUAAGAUUCUUGCUUUUUCUUGUGAAUGCCAAUGUAUAUGAUUGCCAGAGAGGGGAGUCCAAAGGAUGUGUGGAGGUAAACGAACCAUUUCCUUUGUUUCAACAAAAGAGAAAUGAUAUGUGCAUCCAAAAUGGCUUCCGGUUGUGAAUAUAUUAUCAAGGUCUCCUUGCCCCACUUCCAACACCAAAUCCACACUACCACUUUCGAAACAAAAAAGCAGCUUGCACUUAUUUCAGUUACUCACUAUUGAUAUUGAUACACAACAACGUCCUAAGAUGUGGUAUCAUGAAGUUAGUGGAACACAAAAAAAAAAAAAAAAAAAAAAAAAAAAACAGCCACAAAAGCUAAAUGUUGUGUUAUUUUGUGCUUACCUGUUAAAGGUGGUGCUUUGAGGUAAUAUUUGUUGACAGGGGCUGUGCAGCCCAUGCCUGGGACCUCCAAUACAGCAACAUCUUUUAGGGAAAAAUAGAUCGAAAGUAACACACAGCUAGAGAUGUUCUCAUGGCCUAUUGCACAGAGAUGAGCGGAAAGAUAGAGAGGGGGAAAGAGAUAGAGGAGAGAGGAAAGAGGAAGAGCGAGCGCCAUGGGCAGUGGUCACAAUCAGGGCCUAGCCACUUCCCCGAUACGGGGUCACCAAUUGCAUGACAUUAGAUACAGUUAGCAAGACAGUUACCAGGAGUCAUGGACCGCAACCAGGAGAGUAUUGAGUUCCAAGUUCAUUUUAAUACUCUUGAGUCCAAAAACAGUGAAAUAUCUGAUAUCUGGGACCAGUUAUUGUCUAGAUUCAUUAAGGGUGUGAAUACUUCAAAGUUCCAGGUAUUCAUUUCUUUUGUUUGGAUAGCAGGUUGAGGUUCAGGGUUAAAAAACAAAAAAAAGUCUCUCCUUUAGUAAUGUCAGUGACUUCCUGUUUCCCACACCUGUUUGCGAGUAGUGACUUCCUCAGGUUUCUCAUCUCCUACAUGGUUUGAACUCAUCUUCACAAUUCAUACUUCAGUAGUACAGUAACUACAGCUUUUUUCUGAAUACAUAACACUUUCUGGAUGUAAUGAGACAAUAAAAUUGGUUAUCAUAAUUUGGUGUUCACUGGCUUGUGAAAUAGACCCAUCGGUGGCAGGAGGACAGUGGGAAAUAAAAUGGUCAGUAUUUGGAACUACAUAAGACAAAUAAGAAAAAAAGACAAAAAAUCUCAAAUUAUUAAAGUGAAUAUCACUGUGUAAUAUUUAUUCAACUUGUAAUUUAUGUACUCUUUUAACCUUUGUCUUUUUUUGUUAUGACAAAGCAUUUAUUUAAAUAAAGUUAUGUAUUCAUUUAA